ACACACACACACACACACACACACACACAAUAUGAAACAAAAAUAAUAUAUUAUCUGUUCCAAAGUCUUGUACAGCAGUUACACGUUCAUAUGCACAGUAACGCGCAUAUUUUAAGAUAAAGAAAUGUUUGAGAAAACGCAACUCUUCGUAAAAAUGAUUCGUAAUACGUCAGUAGAUAUUAUUGGCAAUGUUUUAUUUAAGUUUUAAUCAUUGAAACGUCUCAGACGCGUGCCAGUAAAUAUUUCUCUACUUUCGUGCUGUAAGUUUCGUGUGUCUUUGAUUUCUCUCGCACACACACACAGAUUCAAUACUUCCUGGUAUACAUCUUCGCGUUUGUCACCCGAGAUGUGGAACGAUCGCGCUGGCACAUGUUAAAUAGGCGUCCGGUCGUUUAAUUGUUCGUUUCACGCGUGACGUUAUGUAAAAUAUGUUUGUACGACAGGUCGAUGGAAUGCAGAAGAAAUAUCAUGUAAUAAUUUUUUAAUAUAAGUUAUAAACUAUAUUAGUGAUUCGUCUUCCCCUCAUGUGUGUAAAAGUAUCGAGGUACCUCGGUGAAGACAACAAAACGUGUAAACUUUUUUACCGAAGUGCAGAGGGUGUAUUGCACGUGUGCCUGAAAAGGAAAAAACUUGUGCUCGUCUUUCUUGUGUUUCCCUUUUCUUCACGGACCAAAUGUCGCUCAUCUCCGUUAUUGAGCCAAUGGAUGAUAAAGAGCCACCGGUCGGUCGGUUUGCUUCUAGAAGAAAGAGCGUUUUCGCAGAGACUUAUAAUCCCGAGGAUGACGAAGAAGAUGACGGCUUCAAGAUGGUUCAUCCAAAGAGCGACGAACAGCGACAAAGGCUCAGCGACAGCGUCAAAAACAUUCUUCUAUUUCGUGCUCUAGAUGUGGAACAAAUGGCGGACGUGCUGGACGCAAUGUUCGAAAAAACCGUUCAACCGGGUGAAUUUAUUAUCCGACAGGGCGACGAUGGUGACAACUUUUAUGUGAUAGAGAGAGGAAGAUUCGAAGUUUACGUUAAAGACGCCGUCACAGGAACAGAUAAUCUUAUUCACACUUACGAUAAUCGUGGCGCUUUCGGAGAAUUGGCUCUUCUAUACAACAUGCCCAGAGCAGCCACCGUUAAGGCCAUCACGACCGGCACACUCUGGGCUAUGGAUAGGCAAACUUUCCGACGUAUUCUUCUCAAAUCCGCGUACAAAAAGCGUAAAAUGUACGAGACUCUUAUAAACAAAGUGCCGAUGUUGAAGUCCCUUGAGCCUUACGAACGUAUGAAUCUAGCAGAUGCUCUUGUGCCGAAACACUAUUCCGAUGGCGAACAGAUAAUUAGACAAGGCGACACGGCGGACGGGAUGUAUUUCGUGGAGGACGGCGUAGUCAGAAUUACUAUACUCGGCGACAACGGCCGUGAAAUCGAGAUUAAUCGUGUUCCGGCUGGUGGUUACUUAGGUGAGUUAGCACUCGUGACGCAUAAACCACGCGCUGCUUCGGCCUACGCUGUAGGGGACGUCAAACUAGCAUUUUUGGACGUUGAGGCAUUCGAGCGCCUGCUCGGUCCGUGUAUGGAACUUAUGAAACGUAAUAUCGACGAUUACGAGGAUCAACUAGUCAAAAUUUUCGGCAGCAAAAAUAACAUCUCCGACAUUCGAUGAAUACUUUACGGGAGACAGCGCUCGUCAUUGUCGUCGUAAAGAGGACACGACAUUUUUCGUACAGUAUAAUGAGCACAAAAAAAAAAAAAAAAAGAACUUGUAUCACCUACUUCUGAAUCUCAUCUUCGUGUAUUUCGAGCGUCGUCUCGAAGUAAACAACUAUGACUGUUCAUUUUAGACAUAUACCAGUUAAGAUUUGUCGAUGAUAGUUACCAAGUUUAUACCUACCUACGCAUUGAACAAAAACUAAUAGGCUGCUCGACUGUACAUGUAUAUUACGAUACAUGUAUAUUGAUAAAACUUCUUUAAGACUGUGCUAGAUCAAAGAGAAAUGGAGUUACUACAAUUUUAUUAUACAUAUUCUUGGUCGUUCUGCGAAAUAUUAUCUUUCGUUUAUGUCUUUCGAAAUUGCAGUUGUAAUACCGAUACAAAGUUACAUUAUCAUUUGACUUGUCCCCCGAUUAAUGUAACAUCAUUUAUCUUCGUAACGUAUGUACGAUUUUUCAGUAUUCUCGCGCAUCACUCAAUUUUUAAACAAAAUCGUGGGGAGGGAGAAGCUUACAUUUGUAAGAUAAUCGCAAAAGUCCAGAAUAGUUAAUAGAAAGAGAAUGCUCUCCUCUGACACGUAUUCCUCUCUCUCACUCUGUGUCUCUCUCUUCUGGUGGAAAAAUAAAUUAAAAUAACAACUACGAGAAUAUUAUCUAAUUGAUACAAAUCUUGUAAUGUUUCUACGAGAUACACACACACUUACACGUGCAUAUCAUUUUCCCAGAUAAUGAAAGUACUGGUAUCAUUAUAAUAUUAUCAUUAUUGGUAAUUACCGUUAUUGGACGUUGCUAACACAGACACGGAGCUAUAUAAUAUAAUAUUCUUUGAUACACUCCUUUAAUAGCAUUAUAUCUUCAUAAAAGUAGGUCAGACAAUCAAGACUUUAUUUAUAAUUUGCUGUGUAACCUCCACUUUAUGAGCACGCACGCGCGCUACGCGCACACACACAAAUUUAUACAUAAGCGCACAUAUUCGUAAGUUUUAGGUUUAUUAAUUUAAUUUAAGUUAACAUUCUCUUGCUCCACGUUACUGAAAAAAAAUCAAAACUUUUUUAAGACAUUAAAAAAUUUUAUUUAAACUAAAAAAUUGAAUAAAACAAUUCACAUAAUUUCUUUAAAUAAAAUAGAUAGAUGAUUAAUUAAGUGCCAGAUUUGUGUGUAGAAAUGCACUCUAUUCUACUAAGUUUUAAUCACAUUUUUUAACAUUUUUAUCAAUAAUUCAAUUGCAAUAUUUUUACUCAAUGAUUUUGCACAAUUUUAAUGUCUCGAGUACGCCAGACUCGUGUAGAUGCAUUUUCAUAAAAUGGUCUCUCAAAAAAAUACAGGAAGUCCCGGAAUAAGCGAAUCUUCAGGAUUGGCUUAAAUGUGCGGAAAUGACGUGAUGCAACACGCGUAAAGAACAAUAUAUAUUUUACACGGAUAUAUGUACAGUAUGUACAUAUAUCCGAGUGUUCAUCAUCUGUGUAAAACUCUAAAAAGUGGAAGUAGAAAAGAAUUCUCAGGGAAUUCUGUCGUAUUAAAAAAAAUGAAAUACAAUUUCUCACAGAAAUUUACAUAUAAAGUUUUCUUUUUUAAUUAAAAUUAGGAUUUUUUUCGGUGUGUGAGAACUGCGCGUUUAAGCCAAUCUUUUGAAAUGUAUCCUGCCGACAAAUCGUGUUAACUAACUUAUAAAUUACCUGUCAACUUAUUUGUAUUAUACAUAUGUAUGUUGUGUAUACAUGUACAAUACAUUCAUCAUCAUGAUUAAGAAUCAGUUCAAUCUAGUGAACUCUGUACUUGGAAUACUCACUUUUGCGCUUGGACAUCGGCCACAACUAAAGAGCAGCUUUUCUAUUUUUUUUCUUAUAUCUCUCUUUAGUGAAUUUUUCUUUGGUCCAGACGUGAAUAAUUUAUCAUUUAUUUCUAAAACACGCGUGAAUUCUGUAGUACAGUAAAGAGUUCACUGAUUCGAAGUCAGAAAACGAUUCAAUUAUUGUACGAAAAAAAAGCGAAUGCUAGUCAAUUUCUAUGAUCGCGCUGUUCUCAUAUAAUAGUACUUUUCUCUGACAUUUGCGCUUGUUUCAAAAUAAAAAAGAGAGAAGAUACUUUUUAUUGCUAUUUAUUAUUUAGGCGAUUGAGAUACGAGAAGAUAACGAGAAGAGCGAUAGAGCUUUUUAACCCUUUCACUGGGGUCGCGCGGCUUUAAUUGAGUAAUCUCGAACCUUUAUUUUAUUUUUAUGCUCUUAAGAGAAUCUCAGAGAGGUAAACUGACUUCUCGUUAAUAACUGAUGCUACUUCUCGCACUGCAUGAUUAAAUAUGCAUGGAUUUUACAAAAAAAAAAAAAAAAAACCGUCGAUAUAAUAAACACGAUAGCGUCUACAGCGAAAGGGUUAAAUAAUGACAUACUUGAAAGAGAAAGAAAAGACGGACGAAAAGUGAGACAAAAAAAAAAAAAAA